AUUAACUAAUCAGAUGAUUAGUAUAUGAAUAUAAUAUACCUGGUCUCCCUUCUAUAUAUUCCCAUAAGCCAAAAGUGUUAUUACAAGACAAAAAAAAGAAGAAGAAAGCAUUUCUCCUUUUUAUUUCUUCCUAAAAGCAGAGCCAGUUUCUCGAGGUUGUUGCAAGUGAAGAUGUUCAGAUCCAGGUCAUGCAGAGAAGAGAUGAGAAGCAGCAGUAUGGCCUACAAGUACCAUUGCUUAGCUAACGGUGGAACACCAGAAGCAGAAGAAGCACCAAGCCCAACAUACCAGCAGCUUCCGGUGAUGCUGAGAUCUUAUAGCACGUCAACUUAUAGUCCACACAAGAACCCAACACCGGUGAGAGACAAUCCAAACAGUAAAUCGAAGAGAAGCAUUAGUAAGGUGAAGAAAGGGUUAAAGGAGGCAGAUCUUCAGAGGAAGAAGAGAGUGGCUGCUUAUAACGUUUACUGUGUUGAAGGGAAAGUGAAGGGAUCUAUUAGAAAUUACUUCAAGUGGUUCAAAGAGACUUGUUCAAAUGCUGUCAAUGGUUUGUGGUGAUCUGUUCUUCUGAUAUAGAGAUAUUCAGCAUAAGUAAAGAGUAGAUAUCUGAUUUUGAUAAGAGUGUGAUUUCGGGAGUUUAUCUUUUUUUUUUUAUCAGGAGUUUAUCUUAA